UUAUUUUCCAAACACAUGACGGAAGCACAACAGCAGAGAUGUAUGAAACACACGCUCCGGUGUGAGAAAACACUUGAGCUCGCCUAUUUACGUUGGUUGCCAACCGCCGUUAAAAACCAAGAAGAGGAAGAAGAAGAAGAAGAAACAACAACAACAACACUGGAGCUCGUCUCUUGUGUAAAAAUGGGAAACUCAGAUGGAAGCUCGUUGGUGCAAAUGUGCAUCGUCAAAGUUGCUCAGAACAUGGAUGUGUUGGAAAAAAAGGUUUCGAAUCUGCCUGUGUCUCUCCUGAAAGACUUACUGCCACAUCUAAACAUUUAUUAUCUGGACAGGAUUGAAACAGCUGCUGCCACCAAAGGAAUCUCCACCUCUGUAAUUUGGGCAGCAAUAUGGAGAGAUCUGGACCAGACGUGGCGCUGGAGGUUGAAGUCAGCGCUGCCCGAUCAGGACUGGAAGCAGAGAUGUCUGGAACGGCUCUUUCACAUGGUCCUGUUCACUCAGGUCAGACGGGGAGGAUCGUACCUUUCCCACCUCAGCGAUACUUCCAUUCUCUCCAUGACUGUAAAGCACGUCAGAGUCCUUUCUCUCCACACAUCAACCAAAAACUUCUGCAGGCUGGCAUCCGUGGACCUGCGGCCCAUCCUGAGCAGUUUAGAAAAGGGAGUUACGUCCCUCAAAUUACUGGACGUGAAAUCGCUAUUCAAGCACGAACGGAAAUACGUGUUGUUUAUCCUCCACCGGCUCCUGGAUCACGGCUCUGUUAGAGAUGUAGUUCUGAGAAGAAAUCCAGAUUCAUCUUUUCUGAGCUGGCUCAUGUCCGGACGCAGAGGUCCUCAGCUAACAGUGUCCACUGCUCCAGAGACGUCCCACGCUGACGGCCAUGAUUUAGACUCAAAGUGUAGUGCAGAGCUGGAGGAACCCGCUGCCAAACGUCUCGCUUUAGACGUGGAGGGAAACCCAGAGGUUCUGUGCAGCGAGGUUUCGUCCUCAAGCAGCCCUGCUGACCGCUGCCCUGAAGGUCAGAUCCACUCGCUCGAUUUUGAAGUGUCCAAGCGUGAAAUCCUGAGCACAGUGUCACAUACCCUGCCCACAUGGUUGUGUCUUCGCACGCUACAUCUCCACAGUGACUGGCUCAUUAGUGAGCAGGAGAUGUCAGUGUUGGUGGAGUCUCUCAGACAGUUGUUUCUGAACCCAAGCUGCUCUCUGACGGAUCUCCGUGUAAGUUAUGUUAGCGGUCACACACACUUGAUCAGCAUGCUGAGAGCCUGUCCGACCCUACAGAGCCUGUGUCUGGAGAUCUGCCCGCCUGCCGACAGAAACACAUGGAGACCGCAGCCGCGGUUCACUGAAAACAAAGAGCUCUGUCUGGAGAAGCUGACAGUCAGAUCCACUGGCCCGAUGACAGUGGCGUGUUUUCUGCCGGUCCUGACAUCGGCUCCAAAACUCAACAACCUUCAUUUCACAGGAAUCCAUCUGUCACAGCAGUUUUUUCACACAUUAACAGGAUCUAAUCCAUCCCUCAAGGUAUUAAAGCUGGAAGACAUAAACUUGUCUGACUAUCACCAGGAGAUUCUUCAGUUUCUGAAACAUUCUGUGUUGGAAGAGCUGUCCUUCAGAGACUGCAGGCUGCUGGAUAAGUGUGCUGUAAAGAAGGACUUCCUGCUGCCAUUUGUAGAAGCACUGAAAGGGAUUUCUUCCCUCCGUACCCUGAUGCUCAGCCAGAAUCGCCUGGCAACGAGUGCCAUAGAGAUGGCUGAAUUAUUCUCAGGAGGCCACCCAAGUAAAAUCACAAAACUAGACCUUAGCUCAAAUUUCAUUCUUCCUGCUGAACUGCUGGAGUUUGCGCAGCUGCUGGAAACAUACAGGCCUGUUCAGCGACUGAUGCUUGACCUGCGGUUCAAUCCACUGGAUCGUGAGCCUGAGGUCAAAGGUCAAGCGCUGCGAAAGCUCAUCCUGUACUGUAAUAUAUUAACAGAUGACUGGGACUCCAGGUCGACGAUGGCAGAUCACAUCAGUGUGAUGUGACACAAGCAUUUA